GACUUGGCUUUAAAAAAAAGUACUCUUGUCCUGUUUUCACUCAUCUGCGUUUGGAAUUAUCUAUUGGAGUGCAGUUUGUGGACUUCAUUGCUUCUUCUCUUCGCACACUCCACCACCAUAUGGUGAGAGACAGUGGAAAAUCUCCAGUUACUACACAGCUGUUGCUGCUAUCCAGGUUUCUGUGUUGAGAGCCUCUCUAACAGAUCACAUUACAGAUGACACAGCAUUGCCAAGGGGUAACCAUAGUGCAGCCCACAUCCUUUUUCCAAGUUGCCAAGCAGUCAGUCAUAUGUAGGAAAAAAGUGUUGGAUCAGCUCCUUCCUGAGCUUAACGUAUUACUCAGGCUCUUGGACCAUGAAUACUUGAGCUCUACCACAAUGGAGAAGAAAACAGCUGUUUCAAAUAUCUUGCAGAAGCUGCAGCCCCCCACAGGGAAGGAAAUGAGCUAUAUGUAUAUGAAUACAGCAACCCUACAUAAUGGCACUAGCUUUGUGGAGUCACUCUUUGAAGGGUUUGACUGUGAUCUGGGCAAUCUUCAGGACAUGCAAGAAGAUGAUGGGGAUGCCAAAGAAGGCAUUAACUUGGAGCUUUCAAGGAGCCAGUCAGCUAAAAAUGUUUCCGGGGAGCUGCCUCCACCACUGCCCACCACACCCCCUCCUGAAGAUUAUUACGAGGAAGCACUGCCUCUGGGCCCAGGCAAAGCCCCUGAGUACAUCACGUCCCACAAUAGCUCCAGUCCCCCCAACUCAAUAGAGGAUGGGUAUUACGAAGAUGCAGACAGCAACUACCCUGUCACUAGAAUGAACGGAGAACAGAAAAACUCUUACAAUGACUCUGAUGCAAUGAGCAGCUCCUAUGAGUCUUACGAUGAGGACGAAGAGGAUGGGAAAGGCCAAAGGUUAACACACCAAUGGCCAUCGGAGGAAGCUUCCAUGAACCUGGUAAAGGACUGCAGGAUUUGUGCUUUCCUGUUGCGCAAGAAGCGAUUUGGGCAAUGGGCCAAGCAACUGACGGUCAUCAAGGACAACAAACUCCUGUGUUACAAAAGCUCCAAGCACAGACAGCCACACCUUGAGGUGCCCUUGAGCGUUUGCAAUGUCGUCUACGUGCCAAAGGACGGGCGCCGCAAGAAGCAUGAGCUGCGCUUCUCCCUGCCGGGAGCUGAGGCCCUGGUGUUGGCAGUGCAGAGCAAAGAGCAAGCUGAAGAGUGGCUGAAGGUGAUAAAGGAAGUGAGCAGUCCCAAUGGAGGAGGGCUGAGUGGAACAGAGGUUCUUACAUCUCCAGUGCUUACAUGCAAGAUGGACCAUGACAAGAGGUCCUCUCAGGACAAGCAGACAUCUGACUCAGACAGUGUGGCAACCACAGAAAACUGCUCUUCCAUGACUCGGAGGGAGUCCCAUGAGCAAGGAAAAGGCAAAAAAAGUGGUUUGGCAGAGUUAAAGGGCUCUGUGAGUCGAGCAGCUGGGAGGAAAAUCACCAGAAUAAUCAGCUUCUCCAAGAAGAAGCCAUCCCCCGAGGAUACACAGACAUCCUCUACGGAGGAAGACAUCCCAUGCUGUGGCUACUUGAAUGUUCUGGUUAACCAGUGCUGGAAGGAGCGUUGGUGUCAUUUAAAAGGCAACACACUUUAUUUCCACAAGGACCGAACAGACUUAAGAACACAUGUGAAUGCCAUUGUCUUACGGGGUUGUGAGGUGUCACCAGGACUGGGUCCUAAGCAUCCCUUUGCAUUCCGCAUCCUUCGCAAUGGCCAAGAGGUUUCUGCCUUGGAGGCAAGCAGUUAUGAAGAUCUGGGGCGCUGGCUUGGGCUCCUGCUAGUUGAAACUGGUUCCCAGACAGCCCCAGAGGCCUUGCAUUAUGACUAUGUGGACGUGGAGAAAAUAGCCAACAUCAUUAAUGCUGUGAGACACUCCUACAUGUGGGCCAGCUGCUCUCUUGAGAACCAAGCAGAUGCAUCCCGUGUAUUAUAUGAUGAAGUCUCUUAUGAGAAAGUGGAGUUGGAAAAGCCAGGGCGGCCAUCGGGGUCCCAAGUAAAGCGCCAUGGCUCCUCUUGCAGUGAGAAAUCACGCCGCGUGGAUCCACAAGUUAAAGUCAAGCGCCAUGCAUCAAAUGCCAAUCACUACAAGUAUGGCAAGAAUCGGGCUGAGGAAGACGCCAGGAGAUUCCUGACGGAGAAGGACAAACUGGAGAAAGAAAAGGCAGCCAUCCGGAAUGAGCUGAUGAGUUUGCGCAAGGAAAAGCGGGAGCUCCGAGAGGCUAUGAAGGGCAGCUCAGGGAAAGACCUGAAAGAGCUGCAGCAUCGUGUUGCAGCCCUAGAGGAGCAGUGCAAAGCCAAUGAAACGCGGCGUGUGGACCUUGAGCUCAAGCUGACAGAGGUGAAAGACAGACUGAAGCAGUCGCUAGCAGGAGGGCCAGCUCUGGGGCUGACUGUAACCACCAAGGCCGAAAGCAAGGAGACUGGAUCCCAGCCCAAUGGAACCCCCCCAGAGCACUUGGUCCCGGUUAACUGUGCAGCAGAAAUGAGGAAGCGAAGCCCUUCUCUCCUUCCUGCCAACAAGGGGAAUGUGCUGCAGAAGGCCAAGGAAUGGGAAAUGAAGAAAACAUAAAGUGUCACUGGGCCUCCAUCUCCAAGGAGAACCCCUCUCAAGCAUUGGGACACAUAUGGGAAAGGCUAAAGCAGUGCAAGAGCCUCUCAUCCCUCAACAAAACUGCAGAAGGAUGCUGAGGAACUUUGUUCUUCAGCAGGGAGAGCACCCACCCUCCUGUGAAUGAAGGGUUAACAAGCAGACGAGCUUUUGAGAAUUGGUGUGGGUAAUGGGGAGGGAGGGAGGGAGGGAGUUUGGGAAGCAGGGUGGGGAAGGGAAAUCCUUUCAUGGAUUUUUUUAAGUGUGUCCUCAGAAUACUCCUCUUUAAGUGGCCUGUGAAAAGCACCUCAAAUAGGUCCGGCAUGCCUGCUAUCUGGAGGAUAGAUUUUGCUCUCGGUUAAUAAAACUAAUGAAGAGCAAUUAAAAUCAGGAACGUUGAUACCCUGGUCUGGUGGGGAGAGAUGAUGGUGAGAUGGUUCGGAGGUCCUCAUUCAUUCAAGUCAGCCAAAGACCUUGGCAAGUCACUUUUUAACUUUCUUGCUGCAGCUGCUCUUGCAUUGGAGACGGGGUGAGUAUCCCUCACAAGGAAAUGAGGCAUGACACAGAAGUGCCUUGCAGUCGAUUAUCUGGAAAGAUGCUAUUUUUAGCCCUUGAUACUGUCUGCCUGUUUCACUUUCUACCAAACCAGAUCAGGGCAGUUACUGUUGACUUAGGCCCAGAGAUGGGGCCCAGGAAGGGCCCAGCAGGAGGAAGACAUUGUCAAUGUGGUGUUUCAUUUUAAAUCUCAGGACUUUUAGUUUUGACCCAUGCUAGGAGUACUCCUGUCAACUUUCAUAGUUUCUCUCUCUCUCUCAAGCUGCCAUUUAAGUUUUUUAAUGUGUCAGAUAAAAUCAAUAGCUCCAGAAGGGUAUAAAGGGUUUUUUCCCUCCCAUGGACAGACUGUACAAGUGCCCAAGUGUUGUAAGAAUUCAUUUGCCCAUGCCCUCCCCUCCCUCUUUUUGCUCUCUAGCAGAGCUGGACUCCUACUCGCAAUGACAAGUGAGUAAGGAGAGUGAACAAACGGACUGAUGCAACAAGAGAGAAGGCUUCUGCAAAAUGUUGUCUUGUUGCAGAGGUAUUUUUUAAAAGGGCUCUGUUUCUGGUCAACAAAAUGACUGUGGAAGGCUUCUAUAAAUUAGCCACAAUAAGACAUUACAUGCACUAAAUAACAGACAUUAUGCUGCCAUUUCUAAAAAUCUCUUUUCUCUUUGAUUGAAGGUGGGUGGGUGGGAUGAGUAUGAAACUGUGUUUUGGGUGGGGUUUUUGUUUUGUCUUUGCAGUGUAGGGAGUCCAGCUGUCUUCAUGUGCAUAAGGUCAGUUUCAGGCCUGCUUCAUUCACAGAAUGUAAAGAAAACUAAAACUUGAGAGAGGCCUAAAGAAGAGGCCCCAAGGGGAACCCUACAGUAAAUGCCAUGGUCCUCCUGCUGUGUCAUUCCAACAGACUACAAACUGUAGUGACUUUUCUUUUAUAGGGGGAGGUGGGUAGGAUGCUUGUCUUUUUGUGGGUGCAUAUUGUGGCAUAUAUUUUACUAUUUAAGAAUUGUCUGCACUUUAACAUCUGGAUCCCUCCCUCUGCUCCCCUGCCCGCCUUCUCCCCCCCCCCAAAUAAAUAUGAUCUUUGU